ACUUUUACUUUUAUAACAAAACUUCAUCAAAUUUUCCAUUCAAGAUUCUUGAUCCUUCUCUCUCUCUUUGUUUAUCCCUUUCAAUUUCUCUCAUUUUUCAAGAACCCAAACAGCACAACUGUGAAUUUGUUGUGUGAAAGAGAUCGAUGAUAUUACUUCAAUCUCCCUCUAGAUAUCUCCUUCAGAUCUUGUACAAUCGCAUCCAGAAUCUUGAGAAAGGAGUUGAACUGGACUGCCAAUGGGUUGAAUUUGAUGAUAUCCGUUACCAUAUUCAGGGUUCAGUGAAAAAUCCAAAUCUCCUGCUUCUUUCUGUAUCAUUGCCCAUACCACCUCCAGAAACUGUCCUCUUUGGUGGACUUCCACUUGGAGCGCUAGAAGCCAUAAAAGCAGCAUAUGGUGUAGUUGCACAAAUUCUUGAUCCUCCAAGAGAUGGCUUUAAUCUCACACUUAAACUGAACUUGUCAAAACUUCCCCCAGAUGAAGAACAAAAACAUGCACUCUUGACAAAGAUUGCAUCAGUGAGGGAGGUAGUAAUGGGUGCCCCACUGAGGGCAGUUUUAAAACAGCUUGUUACAAGGACAGUUCCUUCCGAUCUAGGCAAGCCCGUUUCCCUGGUUCAUCGUCCUAAUGAGUCUUUUUUCCUUGUACCUCAGGCGGACAAGGUGACUGUCAUAUUUCCUAUGAGAUUUAAUGAUUCGAUAGAUACCGUUCUAGCAACAUCCUUCCUACAGGAAUUUGUUGAGGCAAGGCGAACUGCUGGACUUAACAAUGCCCCUCCUUGUUUGUGGUCUCCAUCUCCUCCUCAAGAACUGAAUGAAGCUUUUACAGAAGCAUUAUCUGCUAAUGCCGGAUUUGUUAGUUUUGUAAUUUUUUCUCGUCACGUGGAAGGCAGAAAGCUGGACAGAACUGUUUGGAACCUAUCAACCUUUCAUGCUUAUGUAAAUUAUCAUGUUAAGUGUUCUGAAUGUUUCAUGCAUACUCGGAUGAGGCGUCAGGUGGAGUCAUUGAUACAGGCACUUGACCGUGCCAAACCAGAUACCGAGAAGGCCAAGAAAAAUUCACCAAGCAGAUCAUUUAAAAGAAUGAGCCUCAAGGAUGGCAAUAACAGUUUGGGUUCGCGAAGUUGGAAGUAGAAAAUCGGUGAAUUGAAGGUUACUUGGCCUGAAACUAUUGUAAACACAGCCUCUUCUCUAAUAAACUGCAUUUACUUGUUGUGUUCAUGUUUAUAGUUAUCAUUGUAAAUCUUAUUGAAUUGUCUUCGGCGUUAGAUUUAAACUUUGCCAUCUUGCUGAAGCUUCAAGUUUUGGUUAGCAAAGAUCAUUUGUUUAGGUUCAUGCAAAUGAGUAUAAGAUUGCUUUGUAACAACUUGCAAUAUUCCUAUUUUAUAAAGUUGCAUUUUGCUUAUGCUCUAAAA